AAAAUAGGCUUCUAUGUUCUUCUUAGAAGGGAAAGUCUGAGACUUGGUAAAAUGUGGACAUACUCAUCCAAAAACAUUUUUUUGACAUGGUCUAAGCGGCACCGUUGGUCUUGUAACGAAGUACAAAAUGACGUAGCACAUAAACAGUUGACAGCAGUAAUCUUUGUUCAGACUUAGGACAAAAAUCGCCAACAGAAGUGUAAGUCGGUGACUUACCACUUCCACUUUCCACUUUCCGAUAAAGAUAGACAACCACUUUGACAAAACCGUAACUAUUAUAACCUUGGAAACCGACGGCUCUUUCACUCUUGUCUGAUGCCAAGAAAUUUCUCCGAGCUUUGAUUCUCGUCUUUCCUAACUUUGGGAUUCCGGAACCUGACUUCUCUUGUUUCCUUAGCGCCUAAUUUCCCACUUCAUCUCUACGGCUGAUCAACUCAAUUCCCUGUAAAAACCCAGGUUUUUUAUCAGCUUUUCCUGGAAACUAAGCUACUUCUUUUGAUCCUAAGGAAUUUCCACUAUUUUUUUUCCAUGAAAGUUCUUGAGUUUUGGAAUUCAUUAUUUUCUUUCCUUUGUCUUCAUGUACUAUUCAGGAAGUUGAACUAGAAUUGAAUUCCUUGUUGUUAUUGUAUUUCUCAUGGUGGUUGUUUUCCAGGGCUAAUUAUUGGCACCAAAUUGUUAUUACUUUUUUACUUUUCUUGGGUUUUACUCAAAAUUUCAUUUACUAGUAAAAUUGGAUUUCUCUGCGGAUUUUGAGCUCUUCAAAUUGUAAUGGUUUCCCGUACAAUUCCUUCAUGGACCUUAAUUGGUCUUAUAAGAGCCUUUCUUGACCUUGCUCUAGCUUAUUUCCUUCUAUGUGGAUCAACCUUGGGGUUUUUUGCUUGGAAAUUUUAUAAUGUUUUUGGACUUUUCUUGCCUUGUCCUUGUUCUGGGUUUUUUGGGUACCAAAAUAGGAACCUCUGCUGGCAUAAGCUGCUUAUUCAAUGGCCAAGAAAAAAGAUUCAUUCUGUUCAAAAGCUAGCUUUGAAUAGGUUCCCUUUUAUCUUAGUUUGGUUCAACGAUCAAGAGUGGAAUUCCAAUGCUAAUUCCAUUAAAGAUGGUAGAUUUGGCAAUGGGAUCAUUGAAUUGGAAGGUGAUGCAUGUUCUAGUUCAACUUUAGGUUUAAGAUUGCAAACUACGGUGGAUAAGGAGAGUGGAUAUGAUGCCAAGGGAAAGAAAAUUAUAAAUCUGAAGCAGAAGUCUGGAAUUCGGCGACGUAGGAGAGCUGCUUUUGGUUAUGGAAAAUCUUCUCCAGUGUUAUUUUCUGGCAAUUUCUCACCUGCUGUUGCAGGUGUUUCAUGUUCCUCUUAUAUUAAUGGCGGUGAAACAAGAAGUGAAAUUAGUGAAAAUUUGGGUCCAGCUACUGAAAUAGAAGAUAGUUUUCCUGAUGAUAAAAAUACUCAAACUGGCACUAAUAUGGAUGAGGCUACCUGGCAUGGUUUUGAAUUAAGCAAUGGAGAGGGAAAAGGUUCAACUUUUAUAAAAAAAUCCACUUGUAACACUAAUGAAAAAUUAGGGUUUACUGGAGAUGAAGCAAAUCGGAUCAGAAUGUUGGAACAAGCUCUUGAAGAAGAAAAAGCUACCCAUGCUGCUCUAUACCUAGAGUUGGAGAAAGAAAGGGCUGCUGCUGCUUCUGCUGCUGAUGAAGCCAUGGCAAUGAUUUUGCGUCUACAAGAGGAUAAGGCAUCAAUAGAAAUGGAAGCAAGGCAAUAUCAAAGGAUGAUAGAAGAAAAAUUUGCUUAUGACGAAGAAGAGAUGAACAUUCUGAAAGAGAUCCUUGUUAGAAGGGAGAAGGAGAAUCACCUUUUGGAGAAAGAAGUUGAAGCUUACAGGCUGAUGAAUACUCUAGGAGAUGAGCAGGAGUGUGAUUUUAGUUAUACUUUGAGUACAGGGGGAGAAAGGCCUUCGGUUUCACUUCAUCUAGAUGAAGAUCCACUGCUAAUGGUGAAACAGGUGGGGAAUAGUGGAUCCACUGGAAAGAAGGAAGUGGGAAAAGGUUGUUCUUGGCCUUCAAAAAAUAAGACUCCAUCAUCUGGGAAACGAAGUCAUACUGCAGCAGUUUAUUUAGCUGGGAAAGUAGAGGGACAAGAUGAUGAUGCCAUAGCAUGCCAAGCAAUAGCAACCAAAACAGCCCAAAAUUUUGGUGGCAUUGAGAAAACUUCUUUAACUAGAGAAGAGCUUGAGAGAAAUGUAGAAUUUGGUGAACCACUAGGCAGCAAUCUGCAUGAUUCCACGUUUGAUAUGGAACCAGCUAUUUAUGAUGUCCAUGUUGUUGAUGAUAAAAUGGACAUUCUGAAGGAGGAGAAUAAAAAAGAAAGUAAACUGCCAACUGGUUCUGCAUUAGAUCACGAAAACUUGCUAUAUGACUCGGGGAGGAGCUCUUCUGCAGUCAGUAAUGAAAGGUUGGGGAUUGAUGCUGAAAUUGAAUGUCUUAGAGAAAGGCUGCGAAUAGUGCGAGGAGAAAAAGAGAAGCUAACUUUCUCUGCAGAUCAGAGGAAAAGGGUAGAUACCCAUUUGAAACUCAUUGAGGAGCUGGUGGACCAGCUUAAAGAAUUUCAGCAGCUAAAAGAUCCUGUUCGACAGAAUUCUUUACCUCCUUUAUCUUCGUCUUCUAAGGUCAGCUCCGAUAGGCGACGCUGCCGAAGUGCAUCAGAUGAAUUCUGUGAUAGUGCCUAAGCCACGUACAGUAGUUUAUCAAAUUCGGGAAAAAUCUUUCGUUUUGCUCUAGGUUUGUGUCCAGUCCCUUUUCAGAUUGUUUGUUAGAAAUUUGUUGAUAAAUCCUGUAAAGUCCAAACAAGUUAGUUGAUGUAGUUGGUGUCUUUUGCCUGUUGAAAACUUGUAUACAAACCCUUUAAUGUUUUAGUUUCUAUUAAAUCGAGUAGCUUCAAAGUUGUCUCUAGGCGUCCAUUGUCGAUCCCCUAUAAAUAAAUAAUAAUCAAAGCCAACUUUAAUCACUUGUUUGUCAUUCCUCUCUCCGAGUGCAAAGGGUUAGGCCGAGGGCUGCCUAAUGGCUGUAAUUAUUGUGCGAAAUGAACAUUGGGGCCACCAUCUCCUUGAUGUAUUCUUAAUUUCAAUCAGUAUGUACUUAUUUGUUUUGAUUC